CAAACUAAAAGACCUAACUAUCCUGUUUCAUCAGUUGAAGAGUAUUACAGAGUGUCAGUAUAUAUUCCUCCGGUAGAAAAUAUAUUAAAUGAUAUGAAGGAAAGAUUUAAUAAUGAAAAAAAUCAAGCUUUUUUAUUUUUAUCUCAACUUACUCCUAAAAACAUUAUUAAAACUAACAAUGAUGAUAUUGUUAAAGUAGUUGAUGUCAUUAAAAAAUAUUAUACAUUUGAAGAUAUGGAUUUUAUUGAUUUGGAAGCAAUGAACCUUAAAACUGAAAUUAACCUAUGGAAAUCUAAGUGGAUAAGAAUAAAAGAUGAAGGUGUAGAUGUCAUCACUUCUGCGGAAACUUGUAAUGAGAUACUUUAUCCAACUGUAAAGAAGUUGCUUUUUAUUUUAUCAUGCUUGCCUGUUAGUGUUGCCUCAGCUGAAAGAUCAUUUUCUACUCUUAGAAGAUUAAAAACAUGGCUUAGAUCUACAAUGGGGCAAAAUAGAUUAAGCGGAUUGGCUUUAUUGCAUGUGCACAGAUCAAUAAGUAUAAAUAUUGACAAAAUUAUUGAUACAUUUUCACAAAUGAAAAAAAGAAAUUGAUUUUAUAAUUUAAUAAAUAUAAUAUUGUUUUACUGUAAUUUGAACUUUAUUGUAUUUUAUUUACCUUUCUUAAGAUAUGCAAGGUGUAAAAGAUGCAACUAUGCAAGUAUAAAAUGGACCACUGGACUAGUAAUCAAGAAUACACGAAUAUAUAUAAAAAAAUAUUGUACUUAAGUAGUGUAUAAUGUUCUUAAAUUUAGUACCGCCCCCCCC